AACAUGGCCGAGACGAGCGAGGAGGUGGCGGUGCUGGUGCAGCGGGUGGUCAAGGACAUCACCAACGCCUUCAGGAGGAACCCGCACAUUGAUGAGAUUGGCCUGAUCCCGUGUCCGGAAGCGCGGUAUAACCGGAGUCCCAUCGUCCUGGUUGAGAACAAGCUUGGCCUGGAGAGCUGGUGUGUCAAGUUCCUUCUGCCGCACGUGCACAGCAAGCUCCUCUUGUACAGAACGAGGAAGCAGUGGCUGAACCAAGACGAGUUGAUAGAUGUCACAUGUACCCUGCUGCUUCUAAACCCAGACUUUACCACUGCAUGGAACGUGAGGAAAGAGCUGAUCCUCUCGGGCACAUUAAAUCCUAUUAAGGAUUUAUAUCUGGGAAAAUUGGCCUUAACUAAAUUUCCAAAGAGUCCAGAAACGUGGAUUCACAGGCGGUGGGUGCUACAACAGCUAAUUCAGCAAACUUGCUGGCCUUCCUGUGUGACCAAGGGAGUUUCGGGAACAGUUCCUGCAGAACGGAGGCGGCAGCUGAUCCAGGAAGAGAUGGAAGUGUGUAGGGAAGCAGCGGGGAGAUACCCCAGCAACUAUAAUGCGUGGUCCCAUCGCAUCUGGGUUCUGCAAAACCUGGCCAGGCUGGACGUCCAGAUUCUUCUUGGUGAACUGUCUUCUACUAAACGUUGGGCAUCUAUGCAUGUUUCAGACCACAGUGGAUUUCACUACCGCCAGUUUUUGUUAAAGUCUUUGAUUAGCCAAACUGUGGUGGACAGUUCUACCGUGGAGCAAAACUCUUUGAGAAGUGAGCCAGCCCCCGUUCUUCCUAACGCUGAAGCAGCAGCGGCUUCAGCAGCGGAACCAAGGAUAAAUCCUCCUCAUCUUCUAGAAGAAGAAGUUGAAUUCACCACUGAUCUUAUUGAUUCUUAUCCAGGACAUGAAACUCUGUGGUGUCAUAGACGGCAUGUAUUCUACCUUCAGCAUCAUUUGAACAGCAGGUUUCAUCACCACGGGACUCCAUUGCCCUCUGCAGACAAUCCUGGGGGCACUGCGAGUGCGUUGCACCUCACCGCAGCAGGCCCCCCAACUUCUCAGACAAUGGAUGUGGACGGACCGAAUGACCCCAGCAAGCAAGGCUACUCCCAGGAAACCAAGCGCUUGAAGCGGACCCCGAUCUCAGACUCCCUAGGCCUAGAAAUGGAACACAGAUUCAUUGAUCAAGUGUUGUCCACUUGCCGGAACGUAGAGCAAGCCAAGUAUGCCAAUGCAUACCGGAAAUGGCUGGUUACUUUGAGCCAAUGAACAAGGUGGAACGAUCCUUCAGAAUUCCCUUCUUAGUGCAAUAUUGCUUCCCUUUCUAAUUUACGUGCUUGCAUGAGCUGCUUGCUGUUGUAGGCUAAGGAGUCUUCAUCUCUAAGCUGAAAGUCCAUAGUAAAUGUUUCAUUUUAUUUAUUUUGUUCAGAACUGGUAUUCCUUUGGGGAUAAAAUAAUUGUAUCAUUUCUUCCUGCUAACGAUGAGUUUUAAAGUUGUGAUUUCCUACUUGUCUUCCUUCCUAUUGCUGUCCAUGGAGCUUUUUACUUGGUUCCUCUAAUUGGUUCAACUUGCACAUCCACCCGUUUCAGUGUAGCUUCCACACACACAGGUCUUUAACAGUAAUUAAAAAUGUUUGUUACAGUUUAGCUAAAGAAUGUUAAUACAAAUGCAGAGUAAUUUGAUCUAGUUAUUUUUGAGACUCAAAAGCUGGCUGGAUGGAUGGAUAUGUGAAAUUAGAAACCAAUUUUUCUCUAGUAUGUUCUGCUCAAGUUGUAGACUAAGAUAACCAAAGUCAGAGUAUUAGAAUUUAUAUGAAAAUAUGCUUCCAUGCAAUAUCCAUUUUUAAAAUGGUUAUUUUAAAAAAAACUAAUUUAAGAGUUUAUGUAAUUGCAGUACUAGAAAAUGAUUUUUAGUCCUAGUUUUGAUAGAUUGCUUUACCUCAUAUUUGGUAAAUGCCAAAACACUUAGCAGCAUUUAUAACAUUAUUUUUCCCAAAAACCUAGAAUGCCAUUUUUAGUUACUAGGUUAAUUAAAACAUUUUUCUUAGUAAAUUUACUCAUGAAAAUUGGGACAAAUGAACACAGAAAGAUAUUUAUUU